AUGGACCCUUCAGCAACGUUGUUGAGUAUUCUUCACAAAACCCAAGCGUCACCUUCCGAAUCGACAAUGGCUGGUCAAAGAAGUCCACCAACACCCUCCUAUCCGCCAUCGCAACCAACUCCACCUCCGAGGCAAAGCCCUCCCAAGACUUUUGGCUUUAAUCAGACAUUUACUCAACAAACUGGGUAUAAUUCCACCGUUACUUAUUCACCAACUACUGUGCCACCACCGCCACCACCAUUACCUGAGCCAGAAGUAAUGUCACCUAGCCCUUUGACGUCUUUAUUUAAGACUAUAAAUCCCAAUUCCCUUACUUCGCCUGUAUCAACGACACCACAUAAUGUUGUAGUUAGCCAAAUACAAAGUCCUUCAAAUGGCGAAUUUAAAACUUUAUCCUCUUCAACGACAGUUGACCCAACUUUAAACGUCGAUAAAGCUUCAACCGAAUCUCUUAAACUUGCAUUAUUUGGCCGUCCUACACCGGUCACGAGUCAUGAAGAAAGUCAGCAAGAAAACGAAAUCCAAUUUCAACCUGAAACUUCAAUGGUUUCAAAUGAAAGUCCAGAAGAUGAAGAUAACUCUUUUCUUGAAGAAACAUCUGAAAUAGAUGAACAUUUAUCAUCUCCCACUGAAGUUAUUGAUUACAACAAAUUAUCUAGUUUGGAAUCUUUUAAACAAACUUCCACUACUACAGCUAUUAAACAUUCACCGCCCAUGACGAACAAAUCGAUAUUCACAUAUAGCAAUCCAUUUGACCUUUUAAAAAAAUCACCACCAUCUUCUCCUUCUCACCGGCAUCCAGUCGUUCACCAGUGGCCGUCACAAUCGUCUCCACCCUCACAAAAGAGAAAAGACGUAUCGACUGUUCAAAAAGAAGGUGGAAUUUUCUAUAGAUCUCAACAACAAAUUGAACCAUUCCUUUCUGGAUUUUCAGCUUGGAAUGAUUUGAAUCUUACAACCAUAACUCUUAUUCCAAGUGAUUUGGAAUAUCGUCUUGGAAAAUCCAUUGCGGUCAACGGGCGUUACAUAUGCUAUGUUGUUAAAGGACAGCCCGAAAAGCAACUACUUUUGGCUAUCGGUGGUGAUAGUAAAAUCACUGUCUGGGAACUUUCUGAACCACCAUCUGAACCAAGCGUGGAAAUUCCGUAUGCCUUCCUUCCUUGUUUUGUCAUUUAUGAAAGGAACAUCGAAUCGCUUGAGGAUUCGAAACAAUCACGAUAUCAUCGUGCCGUUUGGCAUCCAUUGAAUCCAAAUUUGUUUGCCGUUGCUGCUGAUACGAACGAAGUAAUGAUCUUCGAUAUUAGCAAGAUUUUAGAGGGUAAUGAAACUUGGAGUUUUAAGGAAUCAGAAAUAUCUGGCAAGAUAUUAAAAUCUCAGAUUCAUAAUAAGCCCAUUAGCGACUUGGCCUUUUCUUAUGAUGGGACAAUUUUGGCAACUGCAAGUGAAGAUUGCGUCAUUUUUAGUGCACUAAAUCAAGAAUCUGAAUCUGAUAUUAGUAUUUCCCCUGUACGCAAAAUCAUUCUUGAUGGACAGCAAGUGUCCUCUGUUUUAUUUGUUGAUAGAGGAGAAUUUUCAUCGGAACAAUCUUCGUUUAAAUUCCGGUAUGUAGUCAUUGGCACGGAACGUAACACUAUCCUCCACCUCUACGAUGUAGAGUCUGACCAGUACAUACAGUCGAUCAAGUUUUUACCACCACCUGAACGUCGUCCUUCAUUGAACAAAGGCUACCGAAAAGAAGAAGCCAUGUUUAAUUGCGUUAGCUUUGAUCAACGAUCACGCACUCUUGUGAUAGCUAAUAGUGCUAGGAUAUCUAUUUUUGCUCUGCAUCUGAACAUGCCAAGCAAAAAUUUAGAGAAGCUUGACUUGGUUAAUCAAUCCAGCUUGAUGGGUAAUGGGCAGUUUGAAUACGAUUCUGUAACAACUCCGGAUGAAUUUCCCAUCUUGAAUUCGGUACAAUUUGAUUAUAUGGUCGAAUAUCCGGUAAAUCAAUUAAUUGGUAGCUUCGUUAUAAUACCAGACACUACAUCUUCAGAUGGAUUUUCGUUAUAUUGUAUUCAAUCUAAAGCAGUACAACAAUAUUGCAUAAGUGGAGAUUUGCUAUUGCCUCCGAAUAUUGAUGCAUGUCCUGAAUAUGUAAGCGCAGAGCGUGUUAUUGAUCGACAACGGCAAGAAGAUGAGGACGAUGUCAAGAAAGAGCAAGGUGCCGUUUGUUCGGAGUCGUUUGAUUUUUCCUCAAAUGCUGAGGGCAUUAAUGUUGAAGAAAGUAUUGCCGAAAAAGACACUAACAAAGAAACAUUAGUAGUUGAAAAUUCAUAUUUCGCAGGUGAUGGACCUGAAGUAGUUUCUGUAAUUUCUGAGAUCGAUGAAUCUACAUCGACAGGGAAGCAAAAUAUAAUAGAAGGAAAUAUAUCGGAUUUACAAGAUGAAAGUGAAGCGAAAAAUGCAGAAAAUCAAAAAACAACAAAUAUUAAAUUGUCCACGGCUGUUAAUGGUGCUAUAGCCAAAUUGAAAGAGAAAAAGAAAACAAUUACUGCGACUAGUACUGCAUCAGCGGUUCAAAAUACAGAUAUAUCUUCAGAUUCAGAAAAGACUUCAAGGCGGAAGGAAUCACGUCGAGGAUUGGAAAAGGAAAAGGACAACGAAAAUGUUAUUCAAUCUUCUGAGGUGACUAACAAAUCUGCUGGCAAAAAGUCUGCCGAAGGAGUCUCAAAGAACGGGAAAUCUAAUACAGGUGGUGAAAAAAACAGGAAGGCAACAGAAAUACUUCAAGAUGGUGUGAGUAUUAAAGUAUCCAGCGGAAAAUCUUAUUCAAUAACAAAACAAACUUCUGGUGACGUAUCUGUUCAAAAAAUUGAAGAUGAACGCAUAGCUCAUCAAGCUGCAGAAACUUCGCGCCAAGAAGCAAUUCUUAAAAUAGUUUCUCAGACGUUAAGCACCAAUACAGCUAAAUUAUUGGAAUCGACGAUCCGUAACGAAAUUCAAACUUCAGUUUUACCGACAUUAAACAAGAUGGUCACUAAUGCUGUUGACAAGCAUGCACAUAAAGGAAUGGUUGAUGCCGUGAAUAAGAACAUUCCAACUGCUAUUGAAAAAUCUGUAGCAGACAAUGUACAACGUGUUCUUGCAAAAACUACAGUCAUAGAAUCAAUCGCUAAAGGUGUCUCAAAGGCUAUUAGGCCGGUUAUCGAGGAAACAUUCAGGGAAAAUUUUACAACAGUACUCAUUCCGUCCUAUCAAAAAGCUACCAAUGCAAUGUUUGAGCAAAUAACUACUACUUUUGAGGCCGGUCUACAAGAUAUUGCUCACAAGAGUGCGCAAGUUUCCUCCUAUUCAAAUAUUGGAAAUGUUGGCGAUCAGAAUGCUUUGGCGCGUUUGCAGGCUUCUUUGGAGCAUCUAAACUUGUCCGUACAACAACUUCAGCAAUUACAUCUACAAGCUAAUCCACAAUCAAAUCUUACGAGGCAUGUGGAACAACCAGUAGCUCGUACAUCUGACGAAUUGCAGCAUCAUUUAGCUAGGUCACUUUCGGGUGAAUUGAAACGUAUUUUGAUUCCACAUAAUUGUGCUACAACUCAACCGCCCUCUGCAGCUGGUCUGGAAGACACGAAUAAUUCUGCUAUAGACAGAGCAUUGGAAGCUCAGAAUUAUGAAGAUGCAUUUGUAGCG